CAGAUCAAUCCUGUGUAGAACACCUGGUUCCUGACUGUGAGUGGGACGACAGGUCAUAACAUUUCAUAUCUUAAUUUGAAAACGCUUGAUUCAAAUGAAGCUUGGUAGAAAUUAACGUGUCUCUGUGACGAGAAUCUAAACCGACACUCCGCAUUGCGUCGCUUUUCGGAGGAGCUGCACGGAUCGUCGAGGGAAGAAAAUGGCGGUUGGUGCUACACGAUCCGUUAUCGAUCAACACCUGCCUGUUUUACGGUGAGAAAGGAAGGAAGUCAGUCUUCUUUUCUGAUAGAAAUGGAGGAAGUCGAGUCUUUCGUUCAUGGCUGACGCUGACGCUACUCAACCGAAAGCAGCCAAGGCGGCUAAGAAGAAGAGCGUUGACGUGGAGAGGAAGCCAAUUGUCGAUGUUGUUGUCAGGACGGAAAUUGUCGAUGUUGUUGUCAGGACGGAAAUGAGUCAAAUGACGACCACGUCUGAACCAACCGAUGGCCGUAGGAAGAAGGCUAAGAAGAAGAAGAAAAAGAAGAAGCAGGCAGUUGCGAUAGUGAAGAAGAAUAAGAAAAAGGAGGAGGAGGAAGCUACUUUGAAGUCGAGCAAAGAUAAGGAGGGCGGGAAGAAGAAGAAGAAGGUUUAUGACUUGCCCGGUCAGAAGCAUCACCCACCUAGCGCGAGGGAUCCGUUGAGAGUUUUCUACGAGACGCUGCAUGAGCAAGUACUGACAAGCGAGAUGGCGGCUGUCUGGAUGAUGGAGAGAGGCUUGUUGCCAGAAGAAGAAGCAAAAAAGGUCUACGAGCGGAAAUUAGAAAAAGGUGCGCAGCAAAACAUUGGGACACCCAUCAAGGCUGUUACAGUAAAGAAGUCGGGGAACAACAUUGAAAAGGAAAUUUAUGCUUCAGACACUGUACUCAAAACUUCAUCGAAGAAGCGUAAGUCAGAUACAUCCGAUAGCGAUGAUGAUUUUGUCAUGUCCAAAGUUGUACAGAAAGCUCAGUAAGCGACGGCUUUAACACAUCAUGCACAGGCAUGCCUAACCUUUUCUGUAACAUGUUGUAUGUCUGCUCGACUGGUAGGUGCACGAGACUCGAACCAAACUGUUACCGACUUUGAUAGACAAGAGUGCACCGCAUAAUUUUGUGUUCACGUAGUUUUUCUGUGAAAUAUCACUGUGAUGUUUUGGCCAAUGAUCAGAUCCUUUUCCUUUAGUGCUCUAUCUGCUCGCUUAACCUGUAUGGUAAAUAAACCUUCAAUCCUGCUGAGAGAUUUAUUAAACGUGGGUUUGAAGAAAGAAUUAAUUAUUAAGUUAUUAACAUCUGGUUUUAUGUUUCUGAGAAUUACCAUUAGCAGACUUUGAUGCAUGCCUAUACCUUUCCAUGUCUCUCUGUGAACUUCGAAAAGAUGGUUACCUUAGAGACAAUAUGAAGGUCUAAAUUCUAAAAUGGUGAGACGUGCAGCUCGAGGACGCCGUCCUCAGUUGUGGGCGGCAGUGGCUCUGCCAUCAUCACAACAGGUCACUGGUAUCUGCAUCCACCUAGUUAUCCCGCCAUCUAUGAGAUGAGGGGGGUCUGUCCUCGGCCGAGGACUGGCAAUGUCCAUCGUCCGUGCUUGUGGAUGGCGGGGACUCGCCGUCCUCCUCCAGGGACGGGCGGAGUCAACGGCAGUCCUUGACGGGUUGCGCGCCGA